AAGUCUCGUUAACGGAGAUGUUCAUUCACUCGUACCGGCCAGAUGACCAGUAUGGCUCGCGUAACUCACCGCCGCUGCCGUAUCCCGCCAAUCUCGUCGUAUAGGCGCCGUAGAAAAGUGGCCGGGAAGAUCGACGGGACUUGUCGAUGAUAUGUGCCUGAAGUAUCGGUUCCGCAUCGUAGAAAUGCAAUCGAUGUGUCAGCUCGUUUGAUGACGAUGGCGGCGCUAAUUCGUCUUAAACGCGGUAGCGUCCAGUUGAGACAUGCGGCACUCGAGGUCAAAGAUGGCAGACUUCGUCAAGAGAGGUAGCGUGCAGUUCGUUAAACGUGGCAGUUGUCAACUAAAGCUCGCUGCGCAAGAGGUUCGAGCGGCUGUACGAGCGCGACACAUCGUCGCCGCGCUGGUCGCAGUUGGAUUUGCGCUUUGCGGCGCGGUCGAAGUUAGCUCCUCCGUCGCAUUGUUGGCGAAUCAGAAAGACAAUCAUGCCAUCAUCGACACGUCUUGGCACUGCGACAUGCUGGUCAAUAUCACCAGCCGAAAUCGCACCGAGGACUUCGAAAUUAUAUUCAUGGAGCUGCCACAGGAGGAGCGAGCAGAAUCGAUUAUGCGCGAGGCGUUUUUAUGGGGACAAGUCGCCGGUCCGAUCCUGGGAGGUUGCUUGGUAUGGGGUCGAUCCGGGCCCUCCAUGGUGUUCUCCCGUGCGGUUCUUAGCGCCUGUUUAGCGUCUCUAUUAGUACCUGCAGCCUGGCGCGGACCGUCACAUGUCGCGCUACGGUUGUUUCAAGGAUUAUGUACCGGCGCGACCAUGCCCGCUGCUCACAUGUUCGCUAUGACCUGGUUUAAGAGCAAUCACAGAAGCUGGUACUUCAGUUGUUACGCAGCUGUUAGCGUGGGUUAUUGUCUCACUGGAUGGCUGGGCACCGCGGUAGUGCGAACGUUCGGUCGUGAUUCUUUGUGUUAUGGUCUGGUUCUUUUGGCACUAUGCUGGUAUUUCGCCUUCGGCCGAUUUGUCAAGGACACGCCGAAAUCUUACCAACACGACACAACUGCAGCUGUGAUACCAUGGGGAAAGCUAUUGAGAUCUGUACCUGUUUGGGCGUCCGCAGUGGCGACCAUGGGGAAUCAAUGGGGCGACGCAACGCUUGCACUUGGCAUGACAAAGUACCUGAAACUCAUCUAUGGAUUUUCAACAGCUAACGACUCAGUGUUGACCACGUUACCUCACAUCGGUCACUUUAUGGCUGCGCUGACCUGUGGUCUCCUAGUGGAUCACGUCCGCGAGUCUAAGAUAGUUUCCACAACCACGGCGAGAAAGUUAGUCGUCUAUACAGCCCACUUCAUCCCCGCGGCUCUCCUCUUCGUCGCCGGUUACGCCGGCUGCCAGGCCCUGGGUGCCGCCUGGUUGGGGAUAGCAGCCCUUCUCGUUUCCGGCACCGCACCGGCGGGCGCACUCGCGGCCAUAGCCGAUCUUGCACCCGCGGAAUCGCCGGCGUGUGCCGCGGCUGCGUGCGCUCUUUGCUCCACGUUGGGUGCCGCGGGACUGCUGGCGGCCAAUUACUUCGUCACCCAGGCUCUUCAUGGCUCCAUCGCUGGUUCUUGGCGAUUGGUGUUCGGUGUUGCCUCCGUCGUCCUCCUGACGACCGCUGCGGUUUUUCUGGCGCUCGGCAAAGGCGUUCCGCAACCGUGGAUUCCAUCCGUGGCGAGACCGCGGAGUCACGACGUAAUCUAUGAGCAGGACACACUGGAACUCGAUCACGAGGAUGUGGGCGUGCAAACCGAGCCCUUCGUGCCCUAUGCGCUCGAGGACGAUGUUGAGAGCUUGAAAAAUGUGCCACGCUCUUCGUCCAUUCACUCGAAGAUCUCGGUGGCCUCCAAUUAAGUCGCGAUCGCCCUCGUGCCAAUUCUCUACGCUAUUUUCAUGCGCCUCAUUUUGCACCAAGGAUAUUUUAUCGCGAUAGAGAAACACGAUGAACGAUAAAUAUAUCGCAAAUACACAUGCGAUUAACGCAAUGAAUGUAUAUAAGACUUCAAGAAUAAGAAAUUAAGAAUAAAUGUUUGUAUUAUUAAGACAAA